UACUAACCAUUGUUGCUGUUCUUGCUGUUUGCCAACGCCUUUUACAUAACAAAGUAAGAACAUGUAAGAACUCGUUUGCACAAGUUUGGUAGAAGUGGAGAUGGACAACACCUAGCUCCAAUAGUUGAUAGGACAUAUUUCUUGUGAAUUGUUUCUUCCCAUUAACCAUGACAGGAGGAUCGGGGGAGCACCCUCAACAUUCACCACGUACGAGGGGCAUCAUACAACAUUUUGAGCGCCAAGUGAGGGAGCAUGCAGAAGGCCUUGAUGAGGAUGUUAGGGUCGCCAAUGAUCGCCUUGGUCAAUUGGAGGCUGCUCAAAUUGACACCAACUCCAAGCUUUCCUCAUUGGAGAGGUCCCUUGUGGCUGUGAACACUUCUCUUGCAGGUAUCUUGAAUACGUUGGAGAGAAUGGGCCAAGAUGGUCAUGAUGGAUCGGCUAGGCACAACCACAAUGGCCAUGAUACUAAUAGCAGCAUCGCAGCAAGGGAAGAACUGGAGUACGCUGCUGACACCGAGCAUGAUGAGGAGUUACUUGGUCGUCCACAAAGACAACAGCGCCGGCAGCGCCAUGGCAUGGGCGCUCCACCACGGCGGGAGGUACGUGAUAAUGAUGAUUCUUUAGGCAAGAUCAAGUUUACCAUUCCUUGCUUUGAUGGAAAAUAUGACCCUGAUGCAUAUCUUACUUGGGAGUUAGCCAUUGAUCAGAAAUUUGCUUGCCAUGAUUUUCCUGAGAAUAAACGUGUUAGGGCUGCUACUAGUGAGUUUACUGAUUUUGCAUCCAUUUGGUGGAGUGAAUUUGUUCGUUCCAAUCCAAAUAACACUCCCCAAACCUGGGAUGCAAUGAAAAGAGUCAUGCGAGCUAGAUUUGUUCCUUCAUAUCAUGCACGUGAUUUGCUGCACAAAUUGCAGCAACUUAGACAGGGAAACAAAUCUGUAGAGGAGUAUUAUCAAGCUUUGCAAACAGGAAUGCUUCGUUGUGGAUUGGUAGAAAAUGAUGAUGCUGGUAUGGCUAGAUUCAUGGGUGGGCUGAACCGAGAAAUUCAAGACAUUCUAGCCUACAAAGAAUAUAAUUCAAUUAAUCGUUUGUUUCAUCUUGCUUGUAAAGCUGAAAGGGAAGUACAGUGACGAAGAGCUAGCUUCAGGACUAACAUUUCUGCAGGUCGUGCUAGC